AAAAAAUCCUCAUUCAUUAUUAACAUUUAAUGAUAAUUUUCUUUAAAAACUGUAUUUUUCCAAACUUUUUAGGCUAUAUAAGUAAAAAACUAAUUAUUGGCUGCAUAUGUGGGAUAAAAAAGAAAAACAGCACGGUUGCUAGGGGCAACCACAUAAGCACAUCUACGAGUUAUGAUGAUUCUCGGAUGGAUUUUUCAGUCGCUAUUCAGAUGAACUGGGUCUCGGUCACAGGUGCAUAUCUGGACUCUUGUUUGCUUUUUUUUUUAUUUUUUGCUUUUUUUUUUUUUCUCCACCAGCUCUGAACUCAUUGACUCAGCCAGCCAAUCAGAAGGAAGAACAAACCCCUCACAUCUCUCCUCCCAUCCUCCACAUCCACAGCUCUAAUUGGCUGCUGCGUAAAUCAAUUUCCCCCAAUCCUCUAUCUGUCUGAAUAUAUGCUUGUUGGAAAUCUUUCCCUCCCACUGAUAUCUAUGUGAUGCUCGACGUAGUGUCACUCACUGAUCACACACACAGGGGGCUGCAUUUAAAGCCUGGGAGACUUGGAGGAGAGAGAAGAGGCUGGUGCUGAUGCAGGUUUAAAAAGGCAACAAAACAACCCAAAACAACUCCCAUCAUGAGUCUGAACUACGCAUCUGUGGCUCCUGCUCAGAGGUCCACGUCGUUCUUCAUCGAGGACAUCUUAUUGCACAAACCCAAACCUCUGAGAGAGGUCAUCCCGUCGCCCUUCUGCAGCUCUCUGGCCUCCAGGAUGCCCAUCCUGGAGUACGGAUACCCGCUGAUGCCAACUCCGAUCCUGGCUCCACAUCCGCACCAUCCUCUGCACAAGCCGGAGCAUCACCACCAGUACUUCUUCACCUCUGGGAUGCAGAUGCCAGCCUUGUUCCAGCAUCACGCGGAGUUACCUGGGAAACACUGCAGACGCCGGAAGGCCCGGACGGUGUUCUCAGACUCGCAGCUGUCCGGUCUGGAGAAAAGGUUCGAGAUCCAGAGGUACCUGUCCACACCGGAGAGAGUCGAGCUGGCCACGGCGCUCAGCCUGUCAGAGACACAGGUGAAAACGUGGUUCCAGAACCGUCGGAUGAAGCACAAGAAGCAGCUGAGGAAGACUCAGGACGAGAGGAAGCCUCCUGGAGAGAUGGAGAACUCCAGCGAGGGAGAACUGACCGAGAAGAGCUCCGAGGAGCAGAAGCAGCAGCAGCAGCAUCUCGGAGGACUGCAGGAGGACUCCUACCUGCUGGACGAGGACAACGACGACGACGUGGACAUCGAGGAGGACAUUAUCUCUCCGGAUCAUCUACUAUAGUACAGUAGGCUGCACGGCUGUUUCCAUCUGCGGCAGACUGUCACUCUGUAAAUGUACUGUAGAUAACACUGAUAACCUUCCAUUAUAAAUAUAUAUAUAUAACCUAAAUUAAUGUUUUAAAAAUAAUGUUCAUAUUUAUUCAAACAUGCAAAUUGAUUUUUAACAUUUUUAUUUCCUCUGUAAGUGUUGUUAUGUCUGACAAA